AUGCUUGACCAAAUCAAUUUGCUAGAUGCAAAACUCGCAUUUCUUCUCGCGAUAUCCAUGGCAAUACUUUAUCCCAUCGCUCAAGCUAUCUAUAAUGUCUACUUUCACCCAUUGAGCCGAUUCCCCGGCCCAAUCUCACACGCCAUUUCCCGACUUCCAUAUUUCUAUUGUCAGAUAAACGGGACUCUCGUCUUUGACAUGCUAACACUUCAUCAACGUUACGGGGACAUUGUCCGCAUUGCCCCCGAUGAACUUGCCUUCUCUCACCCUGACGCCUGGAAGGAUAUCAUGGGCCACAAGAACGGUGAAGCAGAAAUGAGUAAAGCUAGCUGGUACUAUCGUCCCAUUGAAGAGCCUCCUCACAUCGUCAACGAGGAACAAGAGCGACAUAGGAGUUUACGUCGACAAAUGGCCCAUGGGUUUUCGGAGAAGAGCAUGAGAGAUCAAGAGCCCAUCAUUCGGAAAUAUGUCGAUCUACUAGUUGACAAGUUACGCCAACAGAGUAAUAGUUUGGAGGGCAGUCCUAUCGUUCUUUCGGAUUGGUACAAUUUCACCACUUUUGAUAUUAUCGGGGAUCUGGCAUUUGGAGAGCCUUUCGGAUGUUUACAAGGUUCACAUUAUGAUAAUUGGAUCGAAUCUAUCUUUGAUCUAGCAUAUAUAGGCUCCAUAUUACAGGCUCUCUCGUUUUAUCCGUGGCUGAAAAGGGGUCUUUUAGCGCUUGUUCCCAGAUCUGCUCGAGACGCUUACGAGAAGCACAAGAAACUCACCGAGGCCAAGAUGCGUCGUCGAAUGGCUGUUACUGAGGAGCGGCCAGAUCUUAUUGAAGGAUUAUUGAAGAAGAAAGAUGAACUGAAUCUCGAUAUAGAACACCUCGUCUCCAACGCCGAGAUCUUAAUCAUCGGAGGCUCGGAGACAACAGCGACUUUACUGAGUGGCGUAACAUAUCUAAUAUUGCAAGACGCGAAAGCCUACGAGAAGCUGAAAGACGAAGUCCGUUCAACAUUCCACAGUCGAGAAGACAUCAACUUGAUCAGUGUCAACAGCCUUCCUUAUAUGCUAGCCUGUCUCGACGAAGCCCUGCGCAUGUAUCCUCCAGUUGCAAACGGGCCCCCACGAGUUUGUCCAAAGGGUGGAGCUAGGAUCCUGGGAGAGUAUAUUCCAGAAAAUACCUAUGCCUCUAUCCAUCAUUGGGCAAUGUAUCGACGUGAAGAGUACUUUACAGAUCCGGAUACAUAUCAUCCCGAACGAUUUUUAGGGGAUUCACGAUUCUCAAAUGAUCAGCGAGAGGCUUUUCAACCUUUCCAUCUUGGUCCGAGAAAUUGUCUUGGAAGGAAUCUCGCAUAUAGUGAAAUACGGCUGAUCCUGGCCCUUAUCAUAUUCAACUUUGAUAUGACGCUUGCAGAUGAGAGUCAUGAUUGGAUCCAGCAGAGGAACUAUCUGACGUGGAAAAAACCGCCGUUGAAGGUCUAUCUGACGCCGAGGAAUGAAGAAGCUUGA